AUGGAAAUGGACACAGCAGGUUCUGUGGAGAAGAAAGAGGCGUCGUGCGAGCACAUCGAGACCACGACGCUCGAUGCUCACAACAGCCCCGUCCCAGAUAUCCUGCGCCACUACUCGCCGUCGCAGCUUGCAUCUCUCGAGAGGAAACUCGUGCGCAAGAUUGAUAUCCGCGCGCUGCCGAUUCUAAUCGUCUUGUUUCUUCUCAAUAUACUCGAUAGAAACGCCAUUGCCAAUGCGCGUCUCGGCGGCCUGGAAGCCUCGCUGCGCAUCGACGAUGUGCAAUACCAGACGGCCGUCAUGGUGCUGUGGGCUGGCUACAUUUCCAUGAUGGUGCCAUCGAACAUGCUUCUUUCCAUCUUCAAGCCCAGACUGUACUUGCCGACUGUGGUCAUCGUUUGGGGCAUCGUGUCUGGUGCGACGGGGUUCGUGCAGAAUCAUGCUGGGCUGGUGGCGCUGAGGUUCUUGGUUGGGGUCACGGAAGCGCCGUAUUUUCCUGGCUGCAUCUUUUUCCUGUCUUGUUGGUAUACUCGCAAAGAGCUGCCUAGUCGCAUUGCAACCUUUUACUCGGGGUACACGCUGUCUUCGGCGUUUGGAGGCUUGAUCGCUGCUGGAAUUGUUGAUGGAAUGGAGGGUCUCGGUGGGUAUCCGUCGUGGCGGUGGAUGUGA